AUGCCAAAAGACUCCACCCCGUCCCCCUCGUCACUGCAAUGUCACUGUGGACUAGCAUUCACGCGUGUGGAGAACCUGCGCCGCCACCAGCGCACACAUGCCCAACCAGCCCUCAAGUGUCCAUCAUGCCCCCGGACGUUUACUCGACCCGAUGGGCUGAAGCGCCAUAUUGGCAUCCACCGACCACGCAGCAACGCAACAGCUGAUGGCGAGAGCGAUGCUGUGACCCCGCACACGGGGACUGCUCCGGUUAGCACUCCAGAGGUCGCCUCGCACAGCUCAGCUCAGUCGUUGGUCUCACCGCCGUAUGUCGCGGGCUUGCAAGACACCAGCUCGGCUAUGCCCAUGGUCGGUGGCAGCAACCUCCUUGACGGUCCUGUCGGUCCCCCGCAGCCUUCAAAUAACGCUCCUGCACUCGCCUACUCCGGAACGCAGCAGGCAGCGCACAGUGUACACUCGGCCAACCACAUGCUGAGGGAUCUACUGGGCCAAUCGCUGCUGGUGCCAGGGAUGGCAUCGAGCAAUCCGCUUUCGUGGGAUACCGGUCCCCUGUGGAUUCUGCAAGACCAAGACCCGCUAGACUUUCUGAACGUGGGCACCGGGGCCACAGCAGUUGCCGGAGGCGAUGGAUCAGUGCCGAGCCUUGUACACGGCGGGGCCAGUCCUGAGCGCGUUCCUCCAGCCCCGCAGAGCCGAGUUCCCUCCCCACCAAACCCCGCGGCGUCCGACAACUGGCCAACAAAUUAUCAACCUAGGCUGCCCUUUGUUCUCGGUGCCGAAGGCCAUAUCGAAGAGGUCACGAAGAAUCCGCUUCAUGACCCGUACCUCCGCAGGUGGGAGCAAUUCUGGAUCGACGACGAGAUAUACGACAGAGUCAAGAGUACACUUCGUCCAGUACUCAGUAUCCUUGACCCCAGCGGUUCGUUCAUAAUGCCGUCGUCUCUUUGGACUGUCAACACCUUGAUAAGCCUCUAUUUUGCACAGUUCUACCCCCAACUGCCAAUCCUGCAUCUCCCAACCUUCUCGCCCGCCAAAGCGCCGCCGCUCCUCAUCGCCGGUUUCAUGUGUAUCGGUGCUUUCCUAUCCAAGCUACCUGGUGCGAGAGCGUUCGCAGUCGACCUAAUCGAGCUCAUCCGCCGCACUAUAGGCGCACUGUUCGAAAUGGACAGUAUGAACCUUCGCAACGCGGAACUCAUACACGUGUCCCUUCUUACCUCCUUUGCAGCCUUGUGGUCGGGGCACCAGCGGUCCUUUGAGCUUGGAGAGCUGUCGCGUGGUCUGAUUGCCAACCUGUGCAGAAAGGUUCGGCUGCUUGAUGCGCCAAUCGACAUGCGUGAGCUCAUAGAACACCUAUCCGUGUCGACAGUAGAGCAGCGGUGGUCGUUUUGGAUUGAGGCCGAGUCUCGUAAACGGCUCGGUCUCGCCAUCCAUCUACUCGACAUGCUCUUCCCCCUGUUUUUCGAUACGCCGGCCCAUCUCUCACAUGGUGAAAUGGUGGAUACCGUACUGCCCUGCGACGAGCGAUUCUGGGAGGCCCAGACUGCCACGGAGUGGGUUGGGCUCGUGGGUGUGGCACUCAUUCCGCCUGCUCCCCUGUUCUGCCCUACUUUGACUGGCAUUCUCGUACCGCGAUCAACGGACAACCCGCCACCGCCAGUCCGAUACCUCAACCCGUUUUGCCAACUGAUCAUCGUCCAGGCCUUGCACCACCAUAUCUGGGAGUUCCGGUCCCAGUACGCAGUGUACCGGUCGAUGGGCAUUUCGGUGUCGAUAUGGCAGGGGGAGGCUCAUGACCGUGAGCUGUCGGUCGGGUUUGCGGGGCAUCAAGUGUGGCUUCGGGAAGCACUGGAUUCUUGGCACGAUGUUUAUUACGAUGAAGGAGACGGGCCCAUGCACACUGCCGCCAAGGUGCUGUAUCACAUCGGGUGCAUGGCCCUGCGCGUCCAGCUGCGCGACCUGUACAAAGUUGCUGGCAAACACGGUGUGAACAGCUCACUGUCAGCGCUCCCACCCCUACGCCGGUGGGCGGUAACGGCCGAGGCGAGCGUGGCAGUCCGGCACGCCAUCGCCGCCCUCAAGGUCCUCGACUUUCCUCACCCGACCGACAACAUCUAUGGCCCCACCUCGGCGUUCAUCUCCAUCCUCUGCCUCGGUGCCUUUGUGGCAUUUUCCGAGCAACAAGGGGAGAUCAACAUCGAGCUGUGUGAAUUAAUGGGCACGUCCAUGCCUCUGACUGCGACCGAUGUCUUCAAGGCUGGAACUGCAUACCUCGCAAGCUGUAAAGAGUGGCGCAUCUCCACGGCGCUGGCUCUCGUCCUGGCCAAGAUGACCGAGCAAGACUUGUCCGCAACUCCCUAG